AAGUGGCUAAUUACGCAGCAGGGGAAGAGCCCCAACGUCACCAUGCUGAAACGAAACUUACUACAAGCUUUCAAACGCAACGUGUAGUUUUUGCACAGCUGCUUUUAAAACUUGCUACUUUACAGAUAUGGCAAUUGCCAGCUGUUUGCUGUCAGAGGAGCAAUUCCUGUGUUCUGUCUGUCUGGAUGUGUUCAUUGAGCCAGUCUCAACGCCAUGUGGACACAACUUCUGCAGUGCAUGUAUCCAUAAGUAUUGGGACAGCAGUGACAUUUGCCAGUGUCCAUUUUGCAAAAGGAUAUUUUCUCCAAGACCUGAACUCCAAGUCAACACUGUUGUGUCUGAAUUAGCUGCUGAGUUUAAGACGUUAGUUCAAGUCAAAGCCUCAACUCCAGACAAACAACUUGCUGGAACAGCAGAUGUUCUUUGUGAUAUCUGCUCUGAGAUAAAGGAAAAUGCUGUUAAAUCGUGCCUGAUGUGCCUUGCAUCUUUCUGCGAAGUGCACCUUGAGCCACAUCAGAGAGUUGCUAGUUUCAAGAGCCACACAUUAUUAGACCCUGUGAAGAAUCUUGAUGACAGAAUGUGCAAGUCGCACAACAAGAUAACAGAACUGUACUGCAGGACUGACCAGGUCUGUAUUUGUGUCUUGUGUUUCAAAACCAAUCACAAGAGUCACAAUGUUGUCCCACUUGAGGAAGAAUAUGAAGCUGUAAUGGCAAAAAAAGAUGAGGCAAUGGCAAGUAUCCAAAAGAUGAUACAAUCACGCUCCGAGAAGAUAGUUGAAAUUGAAAACUCAGUUGUUGUAAGCCAGAGAGAAGCUGAGAAAGAGAAAGAAGCCAGUGUGCAGGUCUUCACUGACUUGAUCCGCUCCAUUCAGAGAAGCCAGGCCGAGCUUGUAGAGGUGAUUGAGGAGAGGUACAGAGCAACAAAGCAAAAGGCUGAAUGUUUUCUCAAAGAACUGAAGAUGGAAAUGGCUGAGCUUGAAAGCAGAAGCAGCCAGCUGGAGCAGCUGUCACAGUCUGAGGAUCACCAUCAUUUUCUCCAGAGCUUCCCAACCUUGUGCUCUCCUUUAAACAAGGACUGGACCAACAUUGGUGUUCCCAGUGAUCUGUCUUUUGAGGCAGUGAGAGGUGCUGUGACUCUGCUGAAACAGAGACUUGGUGAAAUAAUGGAAGGGCUUCCUGAGAUCAAAAUGAAAAGGAUGAGAGAACAUGCAGUGGACUUGACUCUUGACCCUGACACAGCAUUUUGCUCACUUGUCAUAAGCCAGGAUGGAAAACAAGUGAUACUUGUAGACACCAAACAGAAUCUUCCCUACAAUCCAAAGAGAUUUGAAAUGUAUUCAGAGGUUUUGGCAAAGGAGGGGUUCACAACAGGGAAGUUUUACUAUGAGGUGCAAGUGACAGGAAAGACUGAGUGGAUUGUUGGAGUGGUCAGAGAGUCAGUUGAUAGAAAGAAGGACAUGGCUCUGUCGGUUAAAAAUGGUGCCUGGGUCAUUGGUCUUGAUGACGGUAUAUAUAGUGCAUAUACAAAAUCAACAGUUAAAAUAACACUGAAAGAAAAACUUCAGACGGUGGGCAUCUUUGUGGACUAUGAUAAGGGAGUGGUUUCUUUCUAUGAUGUGAAUUCUAAAUCACAUAUCUAUUCUUUCACUGGUGCCCUCUUUACAGAGAAACUUUACCCAUACUUCUGCCUUCAAAGCAACGUGAAUGGAACAAACUCUGCCCCUCUCAUUAUAACCCCUGUACCUCAAACACACUGAGUUCUUAUUUGGUCCUUUUUUGGUCUCUUUAAUACACUUAACAAAUCUGUAUUAGCAGCAAGUAUUAACAGCAACUUCCAAAGGUUAUCAGACUAGUCUCUUUAAUAUUAAAAAUGUUUUCUAUCCUUGCAUGAAUGAAUAAGUAAAAGAAGUAUGACACUGCAUCAUCAGGGCAUUCUGUUCCUGUCUCUACAGUUUACUGUUGUAUUACAACUGAGGUUAUCAAUGUCAUUUAUCAUGAUAUAAUGUAAUGCUAAUUGAGAUAUACUGUUGGUCUUGUGCAUAUUUUGAUUGUUGAAAUAGAUUAUAUGCAGUAAAUUGUAACAUUCCUGUCAUGUCAGACACGUUUUGCCGUUUGAAUCAAGACAUACUGUAUAUACAUAUGAUUUAUCAGAUGGAGAUUUACAGAAAGGGACAGUAGGGAAAGGGACCAGUGCAUAAAAAUUCUUCACUUUGCUGAUUUCUUGUAAUUCACAGUGGUUUGAAAUGAAGAGGUUCUGUGCAUUUGAUAAAUGGGCCUGAAUAAACUACACACCUAGACUGA